UAAUUCCUCCAAUUGUAUGUAAGUUUGUCAUUCUGUGACGCUACUGAGAGGAUAAUGGACCAUAGAAAUGAUUCCCCAGUCACUGAGUUCAUCCUCGCUGGCCUAACGGAACGUCCUGAACUCCAGCUCCCUCUCUUCCUCCUCUUCCUAGGAAUCUAUGUGGUGACUGUGGUGGGAAACCUGGGCAUGAUCACACUGAUUGGUCUCAGUUCUCAUCUACACACGCCUAUGUACUAUUUCCUCAGCAGUCUGUCCUUCAUUGACCUCUGCCAUUCCACUGUCAUUACCCCCAAAAUGCUAGUGAACUUUGUGACAGAGAAGAACAUCAUCUCACACCCUGAAUGCAUGACUCAGCUUUAUUUCUUUCUUGUUUUUGUUAUUGCAGAGUGCCACAUGCUAGCUGUAAUGGCCUAUGAUCGCUAUGUUGCCAUCUGUAGCCCCUUGCUUUAUAAUGCCGUCAUGUCUUCUCACAUCUGCUUAUGGCUCACAGAAGGAGUUUAUGUUUUGGGGAUCAUUGGAUCUACAAUCCACAUAGGCUUUAUGUUGAAGCUCGCGUUUUGCAAGAACAAUGUGGUUAACCAUUAUUUCUGUGAUCUGUUUCCACUCCUGAAGCUAUCCUGCUCCAGCAUCUAUAUCAAUGAACUGUUGGUUCUGUGUUUGAGUGCAUUUAAUAUAUUUACACCUGCCUUAACCAUCCUUAGCAGCUUCUUCUUUAUGGAAACUUCAGUUAUUGUACAUGAUCUAAACCAUUUGUCAAAAGCAGCCCAAAUAAGAUGGGUUUUUUUCUUAUCCAGCAAUUACGUGGUUCUUUAUGGGUCAACUACUCUUAAAAGUCACAAAUCCUGA